AUGGAGAAGCAAGAAGUCGAGAACGAAUUGAGAUCUACUCGAGGAUCUACUCGAGUCCAGCAGUUGUCGACAGACUUCACCAUACAGCAGCUGACCCUGCAGCCUGUUGCGGAUAUUCACGCCGAGAAUCAGCAGCUGAAGUCAGAGUCUGAUUCCCUGCGUGAGGAAACCGCAGACGCACGGGAGGAUGCCCGUCGUUCUCGCCAGUACAUACACAAGAUGCAAAUGAUGGAUGACGAGUUGUGCGAACAACGAGCGAACGUUGCGGACCUCAUUCUGGCAGAGGGUGAGGUCGUGCUCAAGGAAUGCAUGACCGAUCUGUCGUCCGAAUUGGCAAAAUACAAGGCUAUGACUGUAACGACGCCGAGGGCCACAGAAUCACAGGCGGAAUCAGCAUCAGACGUCUUCCUCACACACCUACAACGCGGAGUCCCGCGUUUUGACUGCUUCAAGGAUCUAUUCCGGCCUUUUGAGGCUCAUACCAUCAUUGGCCUCCGUCGGCUCGCGGACAGGUUCAUGUGGCAUCAGUGCCCAGAAACAGGCUAUUUCAUCGCACCGGAGCACACGCUUUCAGUCAGCGUCCAGGUACCGUACAAGGACGACCCGCUUCCGCACGCUCCCAGAAAGCGCACGAUCGAACUCUUCUGCCAGCCUCUGUCUUUCGGCGCUGUAUGGUACACUGGAAGAUAUGAGGUGGGCAACGCAGAAACGAUGCAGUCGGACGAAUACAAACUGCUGCCUGAGGAGGUAGGGCGCACCGCAGUUCGUGGUAUAGUGGUUGACAUGAUCGACUGCCCCCAGAUACAACAAUACGUUGUCGAGAAGACUUCGAGCUCACUGUCGCAUUCGGCGUUACAAGACAAGUAUCUUGGCGGCCAGAUGACGGCCUUGAGGUAUCCUGUUCGGCGUGUCGGGUACAUGGCAGGAUUUGAUCAUCUGAAGACAUCACAGACACUGUAG